AUGUCGGCUUCGCAUACCGCCAGUCGGACGGCGAGGCUGCUCAUGCGCUCGUCGACAGCAACGCGCGCCACUCAAUCUUGCACGUCAACUCGCACCGCUCCUGCGGUGUCGUACCGAUGCGUGUCGUCGUCUGUACCACGUGCGUCGUUGCUGUCGGACAUCUCAGAACGACUCGCCAAGGUGGCGCUUGGAUCGAACUACACCAAGACGCGCGAACGUGGUGGAAUUUUGCCCGAAGACCAAAAGAAGCUCGACUACGAACGUCAGCGCGAUUCGGCCAUGGCAUCAGUUUCGCCCGACGGUAUGCCUCUAUUCGAAGACGUCGAGUCGCUGCCCAUCUCGCAACAGGCGCAGCGAAGACAGCAACGCAUAUCUGCCAAAGUCGAAACGCGCCAGUUGCGCAAACGGUUCAACGCCAAACAUCCCAUCACGGGCGCUGCGCUAGAGCACAAAUACUCGACCGCAGCAUUCAAAAUCUCCCCGCGCAAACUACAGCUCUUGGCCAACCAGAUCAGCGGACAACCAAUCGACUAUGCAAUUCUGCAGAUGCAGUUCUCGCCCAAACGCGCCGCUAAGCGCGUGCUGAGCACUCUGGCACUAGCUAGGGACCAUGCGGCUGCAAAAGGCAUGCAAGUGCCUAGGCUUGUUGUCAGCGAAGCAUGGGUCGGCAAGGGCCUCUAUUUGACGCGUACCGAUAUCAAAGGUAGGGCGAGAAUGGGCAGGAAACAUCAUCCUCAGGCUAGAUUAAGUAUCGUGCUCAGGUAUGGAAAGACGUACGCCGAGAAGGAGGUAGAGAAGAUCGAGUUGGCGAGAAAGAGGGCCAGGGCGAUCGGAAACGGUGGCGUGGUAAGAACGGAUAAUAAGAUCGUCAAUGGAUUUCAGAGGCCGGGUUGGGCUUGGUAG